AUGCCAUCGCAAUGCUUUCCCAAUAUUGCUAGUAGUGCUUCAUUCAGUGCUUCCAGUACCACUCUCAGUACUACUCCCAGUAGUGCUCUGUCCAGUGCUCCCAGUAGUGCUCUAUCCAGUGGUCCCAGUAGUAGUGCUCUGUCCAGUGGUCCCAGUAGUGGUCCCAGUAGUGCUCUGUCCAGUGGUCCCAGUAGUAGUGCUCUAUCCAGUGCUCCCAGCAGUGCGCUGUCCAGUGCUUCCAGUAGUAGUGCUCUGUCCAGUGGUCCCAGUAGUGGUCCCAGUAGUGGUCCCAGUAGUGCUCUGUCCAGUACUCUCAGUAGUAGUGCUCUGUCCAGUGCUCUGUCCAGUGGUCCCAGUAGUGCUCCCAGUAGUGCUCUGUCCAGUGGUCCCAGUAGUAGUGCUCUGUCCAGUGGUCUCAGUAGUGGUCUCAGUAGUGCUCUGUCCAGUGGUCCCAAUAGUGCUCUGUCCAGUGGUCCCAGUAGUAGUGCUCUGUCCAGUGCUUCCAGUACUACUCUCAGUACUGCUCCCAGCAGUGCUCUGUCCAGUGGUCUCAGUAGUGCUCCCCGUAGUGCUCCCAGUAGUGCUCUGUCCAGUGCUCCCAGUAGUGCUCCCCGUAGUGCUCCCAGUAGUGCUCUGUCCAGUGGUCCCAGUAGUGCUCUGUCUAGUACUCCCAGUAGUGCUCUGUCCAGUACUCUCAGUAGUGCAGUGCGCUAUCCAGUGCUCUCAGUACUACUUCCAGUACUAAGAGCAAUUGACAGAGCACUACGGAGAGUAGUACUAGAAGUACUGGAUAGCGCACUACUGGGAGCAAUUGGACAGAGCACUACUGGAAGUAGUACCGGGAGCACUGGACAUAGUAGGUAG